AUGAAAAUGCAAACACUCCACUUCUCUUCUUCUCUCUUGUUCCUGUCUCUUGUUUUCCUCUCAUGUGCUUUCCUAAUCUCACCACAACACCCUCCGUCACAGCCACCUUCUGAGCCUUCGUCACCUUCUGUGCUUCCCUCACCGCCACCUUCUCUGCCUCCGUCACAGUCACCUUCUUUGCCUCCGUCGCAGCCACCUUCACCACCACCUUCUUUGCCUCCGUCACAGUCAACUUCUGUCGCUUGUAAGUCAACUCCAUACCCUAAGCUCUGCCGUACGAUCCUCUCCGCUGUCAAAUCCUCGCCGUCCGAUCCCUACCGUUACGGCAAAUUCACGAUCAAGCAAUGUCUCAAACAAGCAAGCCGUCUCUCCAAAGUCAUCAACAGUUACGUACGGCGCUUGAGAAACAAACCCGGCUCCGCGACGGCCGAGGAAUUCGGCGCGGUGGCGGAUUGCGGCGAGUUAGCUGAGCUGAGUGUGAGCUACCUCGAAACGGUCACGGCAGAGCUCAAAAUGGCGGAUAUGAUGACGUCAGCGCUCGUGGAGCAUGUGAACAGUCUUCUCAGUGGUGUUGUGACGAAUCAGCAGACUUGCGUUGACGGACUCGUGGAGGCCAAGAGUGGAUUCGCCGCCGCCAUUGGAUCGCCGAUGGGGAAUCUCACGCGCCUUUAUAGUGUGUCGUUGGGGCUUGUGAGCCACGCGCUUAACCGUAACAUAAAGAGGUUUAAAGCCUCUAAAGGGAAGAUUCUCGGUGGUCAAAACACAACCUAUCGCGAGCCGCUCGAGACUUUGAUUAAGGUUUUACGUAAAACAUGCGACAAGGAAAAAGAUUGCCGGAAAGACCGGAAGUUGGGUGACCUUGGGCAGACAAGCGGCGGUUCCGUCCUCGUGAGGCAAGUGGUUAUCGUCGGUUCGUACAAAAACGAUAACUUCACAACCAUCAGUGACGCAAUUGCAGCGGUACCUAAUAACACUAGACCGGAGGAUGGUUACUUUGUCAUAUACGCAAGAGAAGGUGUCUACGAAGAAUAUAUUGUUGUUCCCAUCAACAAAAAGAACUUAAUGCUUAUGGGAGAUGGAAUCAAUAAGACGAUCAUUACCGGGAACCAUAAUGUUGUUGAUGGUUGGACUACGUAUAAUUGCUCCAGCUUUGCGGUGAUUGGAGAGCGGUUCAUGGCGGUCGAUGUUACAUUCAGAAACACAGCCGGACCUGAGAAACAUCAAGCAGUGGCUUUGAGAAAUAAUGCUGAAGGAUCGACUUUUUAUCGGUGUAGUUUUGAAGGCUAUCAAGAUACUCUUUACGUCCAUUCUCUCAGACAAUUCUACCGUGAAUGCGAUAUAUAUGGUACCAUCGAUUUUAUAUUCGGAAACGCAGCAGCAAUAUUUCAAAACUGCAACAUAUAUGCUCGAAAACCAAUGGCAAAGCAGAAGAAUGCAAUUACAGCUCAUGGAAGAACCGAACCAGACCAAAACACAGGAAUCUCUAUCAUAAACUGUACGAUCAAAGCCGCCCCAGAUCUUGCAGCUGAUCCUACCUCGACCAUGACGUUUCUAGGGCGGCCGUGGAAGCCUUACUCAAGGACUGUUUUCAUGCAAUCAUAUAUUAGUGACAUUGUCCAACCAGUCGGGUGGCUCGAAUGGAACGGUACGACUGGAUUAGAUACGAUUUACUACGGUGAGUACGAUAACUUUGGGCCGGGGGCAAAGACUGACCGGAGAGUGCAGUGGUUAGGGUACAAUUUAUUGGACAUGGCACAAGCCAUGAACUUCACGGUUUACAACUUUACCAUGGGAGAUACAUGGGUCCCGCAAACCGAUGUUCCUUUCUAUGGUGGUUUGGUUCGCAAAGAAUGA